AUGUCGCUGAAUAUGGGAAUGUUAGCAACGAACGAUCAGUGCAAGGAGAUGCUUGCUCCCACAUUGGGUAAUGGAUGGGCGACGACACUAACAGCAAGCGCUAUAUCGGGUUUCUUUGCAGUGACAUUUUCGCUUCCAUUCGACUUCUUAAAGACACGCCUGCAAAAAAUGCGCCCUGAUCCGGUAACGGGAGAGUUGCCAUACAAAGGUGUACUGGACGCCGCAGUGAAGAUCACUCGGACAGAGGGUAUCACCGCAUUCUAUACAGGUUACCCUACGUACUACGUGAGAAUCGCACCGCAUGCGAUGAUCACACUGAUUUGCAUGGAUUAUCUGGACAGAGCAUUCAAGCGAUACUUCUAG